ACUUCAAACGCGAGAAAAGUAGCACAGUGCGGAACGAUACGCGGAUGCGUGGCGAUUAAACGGCGUAUCGCGUAGAAGAACCAUUUUUCAAUAUGUAUUUAGCAUAGGGCAAAUCGAUGGCAAAGCUGAAACAAUUCGAUCCAAAUUGGCCUACCUACUAAUGCCGAUCGCGACAAUGGAAUAUUCUGAAUGAAAACAGCGGCACUCGGAUAAACAUUCUUAAAAUAAAUAUUUAAAAAUACAAUAAUAUGAUCAUGGCAGGAAAAGUGUUUCGAGAAUGGGCGCCGAAGAGUGUUUUGCUAUUUUCCAUGCUCUUAAUAAGACUGAGCCAUGCCACGGAUGACAGCCAUGAGACGAGCACAUCACUGGCCACCAUUACCACGAAAAUCAUUCCGUUGCCCGAUUUUGGGCGCAGCUGUCUGGAUUGGUCAUCUGCCCCCGAGGCAGCGGCCGGAAACUGCUCGAGGCUAACUCGGAAUGGUACUCUAAAGUGCUAUGGUGGGAUGAACAACCUGGCAGCUUUGAACCUGUCAGGAAAAUUAAACAGAGUUCAGCCUGCUGUGGAAAUGCUUCUCUGCGGCUGGCCAAAAGAUGGUUUUAAUCAUCUAAGAGACCUUCAAAGGCUGCCCCGUCUACGAUCUCUGACCAUUGAAUACAGUGGCUUCACCGAGUUUAAGUUCGACUUUCCCGAGAUGUCGGAGCUUCAUACCAUCAACAUUUCUUGGACGAAUCUCUCGUACAUCUCAACCCGAACUUUUAAGCGAGUGCAUCCCCUCAAGAUUCUAGAUCUACGAUGGAAUCAACUGAUUCAAUUGGAUGGACCUUUGUUGCUACCCCGUAACUUCGAGCAACUAUACCUGGCGGGAAAUCCAUGGAAUUGUACACGGAACUUCAAGUGGAUGCUGCUCCAGCCGGAAAAAGGGAAAUUGGUGGUUGAUCGGGAUGAGCUAAUCUGUAUGGAUAGAAAGUAUAAGGAGCGCCAGAUGCUAAUGGUCAUGCACUAUAAAUUGGAACUAAGGAAGCAAUGUCAAUCCCACGAGGAUUUGAAGAACUGCACUUGCCUGAUGCAUCAUAUCUUGCCCAAGACUCACAUUCCCCUCUAUACAGUGAACUGUUCCCACUUGCAGUUCCAUCGACUGCCUUCCUUUUUGCCAGAUAACACCACUACUCUAGUCAUCAACGAUAAUAUGAUCAGUGACAUUAAUCCGCUGCGAGACAAUCCCCACUACCGCCACGUCGUGGACAUGCAGCUGGAGAACAAUCAAGUGUCAAACGUGGACAACCUGGAGGACACUUACUGGCUGCAGAACUUUCGCCUGCUCAAUCUGCGUGGCAACAAUCUCCGGAAGCUGCACGUCUACGCCUUUGACAAUGCCCUCGAUGACAAUGAGAAUGCCAAUCUGUUACUGCUCAGCCGGAAUCCCUGGCAUUGCACUUGUAAAUUUGGCAGCAGAAUGCGAGAGUUGUUGACCAAGUACAAGGAUAUCGUGCGGGAUGCCUGGAAUGUGAGCUGCACAUACCGUCUGGACGAUGACCAACUGCUGGCCAAAGUGCUGACCCUAAGUCGGCAGGAGAUGUGUAAUUUAAGUGUGGAGGGUGACACUCAGAUCCAUCCCAUCGAUUGGCUAAAUGGAGUUCUGGCCAGUCUCAUUCUUCUCAUCCUGGGCAAGCUUGCCUAUGAUUACUACUAUUACAAGUAUUACGGUCGAGUUCCUUGGAUUGUGAUGAAAAUGCCUUAGUCUUAGGCUUAAGUUAAGAGAGUUCAACUCGAAAGUAUUUCUCAAACACAGACAACGGUUUGUCGGUUUAUUCUUGAAAAUCUACAAAAACAAUACCGGUCUUUGUAUCAUAUAUAUGAAUAUUUAUAUAUAAAUAAUGUUGUUAGGUAUUUAUGUAUGUAUAUUUAAGCUAAGUCAACGCAAAACUCUCAAAAUAGUAGUUCAUUUCCACACUAUUGCACUGCUAAUAUGUUUCAUAUGGUUAAAAACAUUCGUUCUCACGUUCCUUCACAUUCGACGGUUAUUUAGCAUUUGACCUGCAUUUAAAUUGGCACAAAGCGCUUAAUAUUUGAUAAUGAGAAACAGUUAAGAUAAGUUUAUGCUUGCAUAUGGACAGAAUGGAAUCUGUGUGGAGUUUAAGUUAGUUACAAAUAAUUCCAUCUAAACGAAUCUAAUUUUGUAUUCUAUUUACAAUUAAAACUCUUUUCUUUGGCUUUCGAAAUCAGUGCAAAAUGUCGCAUCUCUUCGGUCUAAGCAAAUGCAAAUGAAUUAAAAUAAUUUUAUAGGUUACAAGCUUAUAAAUUAAACAACAGUGCUGGACAUUGUAAACAAAGCGUAAAA